UAUGCGUACGUGUACGGACAUUGCACUCAAUUAACUUCUAAACACACAUUCAAAAUACCACCAGCACAUUGCAUGUUGCAGCACAUUGCAUGUUGCUGGUGGGUGGGUGUCAUCGGUGUCAUUUAUACUCAGCUGUGCGUCUGUAUUUGUAGCGGAUUUUGGAACCUAGAGGAGGUGCAAGUCAUGGGCCUUACAAAAUACGUGAUUUUGAUCCUUGCUUGCUACAUUGGAUUUCAGCUAAUUGAUCCUUUUGACCCAGGAAGCAUCGAAGGAAAGAGAGUGGUAAUAACAGGUGCUAGUACCGGUAUAGGAGAACAAAUUGCUUACCAGUAUGCUAAGCUUGGUGCCAAGAUUCUUAUUACAGCACGGAGGGAGGGUGCCUUGCAAGAAGUGGUGGCCAAAUGCAAGGAGCUAGGAGCGCAAGAGGCUCUCUAUCUACCACUGGAUAUGGGAAAACAAGAAGACACUGUAAGAUUGAUAGAUGAAGCUAAGAUCAGAUUCGGUGGUUUGGAUCACCUGAUUCUGAAUCACAUCACUAAUAACUACAUGAGAUUAUGGACCGGUGACAUGGACUUGUUGAAACAGACAAUGGAUAUAAACUUCCAUGCGUAUGUAAGUCUAGCCACGCAAUCUUUACCAAUGUUAUCGGAGAGCCAUGGAAGUAUAGCUGUACUCUCAUCAUUUGCAGGAAAAGUAGGGGUACCGUUUGUGGCGUGCUACAGCGCAUCCAAGUUUGCCCUACACGGGUUCUUUGAUGCGCUCCGACAAGAGUUGCGGUUGCAGAACGCAACUUUGUCAAUUUCUACUUUUGUAAUAGGUUCCAUUGACACUCCCAACGCAAAGGAAUUUUCUAAAGAAGUAAUGGAUAACAAUUUCUUCUACACAACCGCUUCCUCCACUGCCUAUCGUAUUAUGACUGGGACGUCCAACCGAGAGAGGGAGGUAUUCUAUCCAUGGUAUCAAACCCGACCGAUGCUACUACUGCGAGAUGUUGCUCCUUCGUUGGUGGAGCUCGUAAUGAAACUCACGGUGAAACAGGAAAUCAUUGAAAAAGUUCUCAAAGAACCUCAAUUUUUUUCAAGUUUUUUUCUAUGAUAACAAUUAUGUUACUAAUUAUUGGUUCCAAUUUCCUACCAGACAUGGAUUUACUAACAACAACCUAUUGUCAGUGGUUUUUUUCUUGACAAACAGCUUAAAUAAAGGAUUGUGGUACUUUUUUUAACACACAAAAUUAAACCUACUCAGUUUGAAGAUAAUGAUAGUAGAAAGCUUCCCUUAAAAUGUUA